AAUAAUUUUGAAAAUAGGACCAUUUAUUUAGGUAAUUUGCAUCCUCAAACAACUGUUGAAGAGAUUUGUAAUGUUGUUAGAAGUGGUAUUUUACAAUCAGUCAAAUUAAUCAGUGAAAAAAAUAUUUGCUUUUUAGUUUUUAUAUAUGCUAGUGCAGCAACUCAUUUUUUUGCACAAAGCAACUUGAAGGGACUAGUAAUUCAUCAUAGAAGAAUUAGAAUUGGUUGGGGCAAGAAUCCUGGAGAAUUACCAAACUCAAUCGCCUUAGCAGUGACUGCUGGUGCAAGUAGGAAUGUUUAUAUUGGCGUUAUAGAUGAGAAUCAUCAUGACAAUGAUACUUAUGCCAGAAAUAUAAAUAAUAAUAACAAAAGAAAACCUUCAGUUCCAGAAGAAUCAGUGUUAAGAAAAGAUUUCUCAGAGUUUGGUAAUAUUGAGCAGAUUAAUUUCUUUUUAAACGGAUUUUGUGCAUUUGUUAAUUUCAUGAAUAUUUCAUCUGCAAUAAAAGCAGUUAAUGAAUUUAAUGGAAUUCAUAAAGAUGAUAUUCAUAGACGAUUUGAUAAUAGAUAUGUCAAGUAUAGAAUCCGAUUUGCUAAAGAUAGAUGUGGAAACCCUCCAAAAGUUUAUAAUAAUGAUAAGCAAAACAGCAAAAAUAAGUCUUCAAACUUUAAUUUAAAGGGAAAAAAUAACGAU